UCUCCACAGCUCUAUAUCUCUACAGCUCUACAUCUCCACAGUGUAUUAUUCUCAGACCGGACUGAUCGUUAUCUCCUCCAGGAUGAGCUCCAGUGGAUUAGAGUAUUAUGACUUCCUCCAACACCAUUCAGCACUGAUCAGUUCUCGCUCUUCACUGUUGAAUCUUGAGUGGUGAUGUAAGUGAAGAUGGGGGAUUGGAACUUCCUGGGCGGGAUCCUCGAGGAGGUGCACAUUCACUCCACCAUGGUGGGGAAGAUCUGGCUGACCAUACUCUUCAUCUUCCGUAUGCUGGUUCUGGGCGUGGCCGCCGAGGACGUGUGGAACGACGAGCAGGCCGACUUCAUCUGCAACACCAAGCAACCGGGCUGCCGAAACGUCUGCUACGACCGGGCCUUUCCCAUCUCCCUGAUCCGCUACUGGGUCCUGCAGGUGAUCUUCGUCUCGUCGCCCUCGCUUGUCUACAUGGGCCACGCCAUCUACCAGCUGAGAGCCCUGGAGAAAGAGCGGCACUGCAAGAAGGUGGCGCUGCGGCGGGAGCUGGAGGGACUGGACCCGGAUCAUGCCGAGGCUCGUAAGAGGAUAGAGAGGGAGAUGAGGCAGAUAGAGCAGGGAAAACUGAACAAGGCUCCUCUACGGGGGUCGUUACUGAGGACCUACAUCGCUCACAUAGUGACCCGGUCCGUGGUGGAGGUCGGGUUCAUGCUCGGCCAGCAACUCCUGUACGGGAACCAGCUGCAGCCGCUGUAUAAGUGCGAGCGCGAGCCGUGCCCGGACGUGGUGGACUGCUUCGUCUCUCGUCCAACCGAGAAAAGCGUAUUCAUGGUGUUCAUGCAGAUCAUCGCCGCUGUUUCCCUUUUCCUCAGCCUGCUGGAGAUCUUGCACCUUGCGUACAAGAAGAUCAAGAAGGGAAUUCUCGAGUUCUACCCGCACUUAAAGGAUGAUCUAGAUGACUGCUACGGUGCCAAGUCCAAAAAGAACUCAGUGGUGCACCAAGUGUGCAUCAGCCAAGGGCGCAAAUCGACGAUCCCGACCGCACCGAGUGGAUACACGCUGCUGCACGAGAAGCAAGCCAACGGACCGGCUUACCCACCUCUGGUUAGCGGGUCUUCUGUAUUCCAGCCUGUCAAGCUGGAGAGUCAUGCCGGAGGAAGACCAGGAUCAGAUGGUCAGAAGGACCCCAAGACCAGCGGUCCAAGUCCCACAGAACACAACAGCAACUCCAACAACACCAGCAACGAGGCUCGCUCUCGUGCGGACAAACCCGAACAACUCCUUGAGGACUCCCAGGAGCUUGAGACCGAAAGUUCAGAGUACCCAACGCUUCUGGUAACUGAAUCCGCCUCCUGUCCCACCACCUGUCCAACUAACACCACCCGCAGAGCCCGCAAGGUCAGCGGUCCAUGGAACUGCAGUACUGUGAUGGAAGGCAACGCUUCCGACAGCGAAGAGUCCUGCAGCAGCUUAGCGGGCGCAGGAAUUCACCCACGAGUUGGUCAACCUGUAGUCCACUGCCGGUCCUUCCCUAAACUGGACUCCAGAAGGUCCAGUCGACCACAGACGCCAGAUUCUGCAGCGGACAGGAGCUCGGACUCACGCCACAGUCCUGCUCUAUCUGCUAACCGCAGGACAUCGCCGGCCAGCAGUGUCAGCAGCAGGAGAGCUGCCACAGACCUGCAGAUCUGAAAAAAAUCCUGCCCUAAAGCAUUAUCUAACCCAGGGACAAGUUCUGAGACGUCUCCACGUUCCACCUACAGAAGCUGUUUUGAUGGCAGCUCUGACUACCGUUUCGGAACACUUAUUGAUCAGUCCAGAGAUUUUUAAUUUUCAGACCACCGUCUGGACCAAAGGACAAAAAUUUGAUCGGAAAAAUGUUAUCUACCGAUCAAUAGUCUGGUUGGUUUGCAGAGUAAACACUUUUUUGGACAGUUCAGACUUAUAACCGAAAGUAACCGGAUUAAAUAACGUACAGAAUACAAUCUAACAAGCACAUCAACUUCGGUUUCCGACCCAGUGUCAUCCUUCUUAGCUCCGCCCCCUCUCUUUCACUUGUAGGGUCUGUAUUUUAUACACCUGUGAUAAUGGGACUAAAUCAAACACCUGGAUUCAGGUUUUAAGGGUUGUGUUUCAACUCUAGAAACUUUGCUUUAAUAACGAAAUGACUGGAAUUAACUUAUUAUUAGCCUGGGUUCAUCAGUAAUAUUCAUCAGUGGAUUUUGUGAUGCAUGUUGUUAUAUUUAGAAUAUAUAAUGCUAAAGUUUUUUCUCUUUGUUUUCAGAUAAUAAUUUAAUUUCUCAAAAGAAAAAACACCACAUCAUGUAGUGACUCACAGCAGCAUCUUGUGAACAACACAUUCAUUUUUAAACAAAUAGGAAAAGUUUGUGCGUAAUAAUGAAAUUGGUUUUGU